AGGGUUAAGCAAUCGGGAAAACGUUGAGGCCAAAUAUAGAUCACACGCGUCGGUCCCGUUCUGCAGCCCCCAUCAUUGGAGUUGGACAGCGCCCUUCAAUUCUCAGAGAUAUUCAAAUUGCAAGUACCAGGCGGAUGAAGAAAUAUGCUGAUGACUCAUGAUUUCAUUAUAUACGCACAUGCUCUGUGAAUAUAUAAUCAAGUAAAGCAUCUGCGAUGCACCACUCCGAUGCCACCUCCCCAUAGUUUGCAGUAUUCAUUCAAUUAUUACGGGUAUUUCUAGUAUGCCGCUAUGGGCACACUGACAAUUACUUUAUGUAGGAUGUUUUAUGUUAGGGGGUACAAAAAAAUUUAACAUAUAAUGCAAGAAGAUGAAAUCAAAUGUUCAUUAAGAAGCAAGCAAUUUAUCUCUUAAACAUGCAGUUAUUACAAUGAGACUCUUCUAAUAUCGAAUUAUGUGUACAAUGAGAAUGAAAUGGUAGAGGUUUAGCCACUCUUCAAUAAUAUUCAUAAGAUAUAUGCAGAUAUUUGUAUAAAAAAGGUGAAAAAAUAAUGUGGUGUCAUGUCCCCCCAAGAGCUCCAGGGUAGACCCGCCUCUGGUCCCUCGAGUCCAUAUAUUUUCCACAAGUAAAAUAUAGCUUAAAAUAUUGCAAAACAUAUUAUUUUCGAAUGAUGUUCUACAAACAACACUAUGUUAUUGAAAAUAUUGCGGAUCCUGUACGCUUUACAAGUAGAACAUUGAGAAAUGUAUUAUUCUAUAAAACAUGCUUAGUUUGUGAACAUACAUAUUUUACUUGUGUAUGAGAUUUGUAAGAUUUUAUCGAAUUAAUGAUAUUUGUGAGACAUAUUUUGCAAGAUAACACUUUUUACAAGAUAUUUUUAAAAACGCAUAUCAUUUUGGUGUUAGAUUAAGUUGACAAGUGAAACUAAAAAGUGGCGAUAAGUAGUAAUUAUGGUAAAAGAUCCUAUAUUUGACAAUGGUCUGAGCGGCUUUAGUUUUUUCUUAAGCUAUUCAUAUUAAUAGGUCUAUAGAUUAGCUGAUACGCUCUAUGUUUGGGUGUUUGGUUUGAAACAGUGUUGUAAAAAACGCAUUAAGUGGGCACCUAAGUGGAAUCGGCCUUAAAGCUCCAAGCUUGUGAGACAUGAACCACUUUGUGAACACUUCUCUUUAAUGAACCAACACUAACCAUUUUUUUUGGCUUGAUCCAAGCUCGAAUAAAAUUCAAGUUCGAACUCGAUGCUUUUUUAAUGAGCGAUACAUGAUCACUCUACAGUGUAGUUCGGCUCGGCCCUUUUAAAGCCCUACUCAUAUAACGUACUCUAUAGUUUGGUUCGGCUCAGCCCAUUUAAAGCCCUACCCAUAUAACUUAACCAUGCGUUGUCGAUAAGAGAAAGACUAGGUACCUGAAUAAAAAAUAAGGAAAAUAGUUCCUUAUGUAUUAAAAUAUUAAGGGCGCUACGUGGCCUUCUAGAAAAUAGAUUAGUGUCCAUCCUGCCAUGUGUAUACAUAUAAGAAAACCAUAUGUGUUAAUGUUAAGUAAGAGAACUGGAUAAGUAUGAACUUACCGAAUAUGUUUUGACAAAAAGUGGAGAUCCAUCAAGUUUAGAUCUGGAAAAAUAGGAAGGAAGCGAAAGGCCUCAAGCAGAGCAGCGGUGAAGGAAAAAUAAUAAAUAAUCAAAUUUCUGCUCCAAGCUUCUACAUUUCCGGUAUUUUUACUUCUCAUUUUAACCAGUUUGUAUUAAGACAAUGACGAGGGACUUGCAACUAUCUGUAAAGGAAUUGAACUUAUCUGUGAGGGAGGCAACAUCAAUAUUUGAGUUACCGGAAGAGCUUCUUAAGGAAAUCCUCUCAAGACUACCAGCAAGAUCACUUCUGAGCUGCCGAUGUGUGUGCAAGCGCUUUAACAUAGUGACCAGAAAUUCUAAUUUUAUAGCUUCUCAUGUCAAGCGUGCCAGCACUUUAAAUACCACCAAGUUUUGUUCAGCUUUCAUUUUUGGAAGUGAUUUGAUUGGAGGCUUAUAUGAGCACAUUCUUCUGAAGAACACAAAUGAUUCUGUAACUUUUUCGUAUGUGAGGCCAAGUAAUCCUGUCUCAUGCAACAUCUCAAUUGUAGGUUGCUGCAAUGGUCUUUUUUGUGCUGAAGUUGAGUCCCCUUGUGUUGAGAAUGGAAGUCACUUUUUGAUCUGGAAUCCUAUUACCCGAGAAAAUUUGUUUGUUCAGAAACCAGUUAACUCUUCAAGAAAUCCAUAUAUCAUUGCUCUUGCAUUUGGUUUCAGCCACAAGAUCAAUGGUUAUAAGCUGGUAAGGAUUGUUUCUUAUCCUAAACUAGGGAAGUCUUCGGUAACUGUCGAGGUGUACAAGGUGACCACCGGAGACUGGAGUGUAUUUGAUGUAACAACUCUUCCAUGUCAUGAGCCUGAUCAAGUGCCCCCGUGUUUCAAUGAUCCAUUGAUACUCUUUGAUAUCUCUGUUCCUUUUUUCAUCCGACCUUUGAAACAGGCAUUUCAUUGGGUUACUGAUUCUGCUGGUAUUGAAGAUAGACUUUCGAAAGCAGUAGUUUCAUUCGACAUUGAAGAAGAACAAUUAAAUUUUUUUUCAUGGCUGGAUCCUUUUAAAAUUCCUCUAGAAGAGCCAGUGGUUAUAGAUACAUUAAAUGACUCACUAUCUCUGAUUGUUCCUCGCACUAGUUUUCUCAACUCAAGCUUUGAUAUAUGGGUGAUGGAUGACUACGGGAAACAGGUGUCUUGGACUAGGCGGUUUACUGUUGAGCGGUUUGAUGGAAUUGCACGACCACUAGGAUAUUGGACAGAUGAUCUUCUUAUAAUGACAACAUAUGAGAGAUAUUUCUUUUUUUAUAACCUUAAAACCCAAGAACUGAAGAACUCUCCGUUUUUGAGGUGUUUCACUACAUUCUGUGAUUAUGUUGAAACUUUGGAAACAGUCAGCCGGGAGAUUGCAGAUGCAGGAAGGGCUGUUCAGUGAGGCAUAGAAUCUGGAGCAGGAGGAGCUUUUCUGCCGAUUUAUAAAGACACUAUUCUCUAGUUGCUGUUAUUAUCUCUGCUGCCUAUGUGCACACUAGUCUUCAGCUGGCCAAACUGUUCAAAGGACUAGCUGCUGCCCAUAUCUCAUUUCUGUUGUCCAAGGUUGGUGUUCGGGACCUCCAUUCUCCAGCUUGACGGGGAGUAUUCAACACUGCGAUCUUUUCAAUUUACUGCUAAGCAAGUUUCCUAUGUGGUUUCUUUGUUCUAUAACUUUCCAAAAAUGCAAGGUCUAUUAUUCUGUUUUCCUAUGUAGACAGCAUUGUACAAAAGGUUCUGGGAGAUGAGAAAGUAGAAACAAUUACUUUUUGACUUUUUACCAGAGUUUUGCACAAUGUAUUAAACAAGUAGUUAAGCAGUUUGCUAGGUUAUACUAUAUUUGUUUGAUUAUGAUAUAUUUUUUAUUCUGUUAAUGAAAGCUAUUUAGUAA